AUGGAGGAUCCAGCAAAAGCUCGAGGCUUUUUAAGGGUGAGAGUGUUAGUUAAUUCAGAGAACCCGCUUGUUCUUGGAUGUUGGUUGAAAAUGGAGGUUAACCGUGAGACUUGGGUUGAGUUUAGAUACGAGAGGCUUCAAGAUUUUUGCUAUCAUUGUGGGCGUAUUGAUCAUAUUAAUACAGAGUGCUCUUUCGCGGCGAAUAUGGGUGGGGCGGAGGGCUAUGGAGAUUGGAUUAAAGCUCCCCCUGUGCGCGAGUUUGUGGAGCAUGUGCGCCCGUCGCGAUUGGGAGUAGGCGAACGGAGGUUGGUUGGAAUGGUUAGGGGCAGUGAUCGUCCUGAGUUGAGGUUGCAGCGUUCGAUCCACAAUGAGGCUCCGAGCAGGAAAGACACUUCUGGGGUGACUGCUGGGGAGCUUGGUUCCCAUGUUCGUGACAAGAAGAAAUGGCGUAGGGGGGAGAAGGAGAGCAUUCGGUUCGGAUUCGGGAUGUUUAGUGAGGCAGAUUCUGGGACUCCACCAGUUGGUGAUUUAGAAGGGUUCACGGGGACUUUGGCUUCUACCUCUCGACUGUGCUCAAGCCUGUUGCGGCAUGAGGUGGGUGGCAUUAAGCGAGGAGUGGAGCCAUCGAGUAUGGACUUAGUUCCAUCCCCGCAAAAGAAAACUAGAGGGCCCAACCCGGACGCGGAUAGACAAGUGAUACAGGACGGCACUAUGGAAGUAAGUGAUCUGGCAGGUGGGCUAAGUUUGUGGUGGGGUGAUUCAGUGGAGGUGCAAUCUCUGUUUUCUUCUAAGCAUAUUAUUGAUGUUAUCUUGCGCAAGGGUGGGGACAGUAAUUGGGUCCGUAUUACUAGAGUGUAUGGAACUCCCUACAGGGAGGAUAAGGCUGAGUUUUGGGAGUGGAUGUCGAGUCAUUUUUCUCCUGCUGAUAUUCCGUGGCUUUUCUGGGGGGUGGAGGUUCUCUACAACAGGCCUAGGUAUCUGGAGACUUUCAUGCAGGUUACCAAUUUGUGGGAUUUGGACUUUAAUGGUCCUGCUUUCACUUGGCAUGGUAUGCGCCAUGGUCAUCUGGUGGAGGAACGGAUUGAUCGGGCUUUGAUAAACGGGCUUUGGCAGGAUUUGUGGCCGAAUUCUUUGGUUACGCAUGGGACGGUUAUGGGGUCUGAUCAUUGUCCUCUCAUUAUUCAAACCGAGUCGGAGAGUAUGCGGGGGCGGAGAGCGUUCAAGUUUGAGGCGUUCUGGGCUAAAGAGAUUGAUUGUGAUCAGGUGGUGCGCUCUUGCUGGAAUAGGCAGGCUCCGAGUGAAAUUUUGGUGAGGUGGACGAAGAAAAUAAACGAUUGCAAAUCUAGUCUUAUUCGGUGGAGCCGAAAUAAAUUCAAGAAGAGAGGUCUGUUGAUUCAGGAACUCCUGCAUCAGUUGCAGGAGCUUCAAAUGGAUUGGCGCUCUAAUAUUGAAGUCAUUAAGCAGAAAACUCAGCUCGUCGAUGAAUUGAGGGCUCAGGAGGAAAGCUAUUGGAUGCAGCGUUCUAGAGUUAGAUGGCUUCGUGAUGGGGAUGCCAAUACAAAGUUCUUUCAUAAUUCUACUUUGCAACGAAGACGACGCAACCAAAUUAUCAAAAUUAAGGAUGAGCUUGGGAACUGGGUGGAGCAACCGGGACGUGUUCGAAAAUUGGUGGAGUAUCAUUUUAUUCACACGUUUACUACUGGGGGAGCCCGGAACUGGGGAUCUUUUUUGGAUUGUAUUAGCCCGAGAGUGACGGAGGAUAUGAAUCUGGCGCUCUUUAAGCCGGUGUCCGAGGAUGAAAUCAAGACAGCGAUCUUUAAAAAUGGGUGGUCUUAA